AUGAAUAGUAAUAUUAAUAAUAAUAAUAAUAAUAAUAAUAAUAAUAAUAAUAAAAAAAUUAUUAAAAUUAAUAAAAUUGGUAAUGAAUUAAAAUGUCAAAUUUGUUCUAAUUAUUUAAAUGACCCUGUACAGGAGAAACAAUGUGGUAAAAUAUUUUGUAGGGAAUGUUUAAAUGGUAGAGAUAUAUGUCCAACGUGUGAAAUAAAAACAACAACAACAACCACAAAAAUUGUAAAUAAAAUAGAAAUUUCACAAGAUUUUAAUAUUGGUAAAUUUAAUGAGAUUUUAGUUGUUUGUGAUGAAUGUGAUGAUAUUAUACCAAUUAAAAGGUGUAAUAAUUUCAUUAAUUAUCAUUUAAAAAAUGAUUGUAAAACUCAACUAUGUUCAUUAGGUUGUGGAAAGUUAUUUAAAAAUACAGAAAUUAAUAAUCAUAUUACAAAUCAAUGUGAAUCAAUCAUAAUAAAUUGUAAAGGUGAAAAUGUGAAUUGUAAAUUCUCUUCAAUUAGAUCAAUUGUAUCAAUUCAUGAAAUAACAUGUCCACAUGUUUUAUUACAAUCAAUGUUAAUUAAUUUAAUUGAGUCAAAUAAAGAAAAAGAUUUAAAAAUUACAAAAUUAGAAAAUGAUUUAAUUUUAGCAAAUCUAAAAUUACAAAAACUUCAACAAGAACAACAACAAGAGCAACAAGAACAAUUACCAAUACCAACAACAAAAAUAAAUCAAAUUUUUUCAAAACCAAUGUUUAUUCCACAAACCAUACCUGAUAUUGUUAAACUAUCAGGACCACAAUUAGAACCUCCACCUGGGUUAUCACAAUUUACAAUGGAUUUUUUAAAUAAUAAAAACUCAAAGAAUUAUACAGAACCAAAAAGUAUUGAUGAAUUUGAAAAUGAAUUUUCAAAAAGAAAUUUAGUAAUGGUAUUUUUAUCAACAUUGUGGUGUGAUAAAUGUAAAGAAUGUGAAAAAGUUUUAAAAAUCUAUGCAGAGUCUCAACAACAAAUCAUGUUUAUAAAGGUUGACCUAGACAAAUUACCCAAUAUAGAAGUUUGUAAAAAUGUUUCAGGUGUUCCAUGUUUUGUUACAUAUAAAAAUGGUGAAAAAAUUAAUAGCUAUCUUGCAAGAAUAUUAUUAUUUUUAUCAAUUUUUAUUAUUAUUUCAUUCUUUUUCUCUAAAACAACUCAAACCAAUAUAAAAAUUAAUAAGGAUAAUGAAAACGAUGAUGGUAGUGGAGGAGAAUAUAAUAAAAGAUCUAUUUUUAUUAGCGAAAAACAUGGUAGUGAUAAAUUUGGAAAUGGAUCAAUUAUAAAUCCUUUUAAAUCUUUUUGUAUUUUAAAUGAAACAAUAGAUCAAUAUAAUGAAAAUGAAUUAAUAAUAAAUAUAGAUUAUGGUAAUUAUGGUGUGGUUGAUUCAUUAAAAGUGAAUUGUACAAUUCUUGAAAUUAAUGAUUUUACUCAUAAUAUUACCUUUCAACAAUAUAAUAGUAAUGAAAAUAAUGAAAAUAAUAAUAAUAAUAAUAAUAAUAAUAAUAAUAAUAAUAAUAAUAAUAAUAAUAAUAAUAAUAAUAAUAAUAAUAAUAAUAAUAAUAAUAAUAAUAAUAAUAAUAAUAAUAAUAAUAAUAAUAAUAAUAAUAAUAAUAAUAAUAAUAAUAAUAAUAAUGUUAAUAUUUAUAAUAUAAAUUUAAUUAUAAAAAAUUCAAUUGUAAAUUUUUUAAAUUUAAAUUUUUUUAAUUAUUUAAAUUUUGAUGAUGGUGAUGGAUUUUCAGUUACAGAGAAUAGUUUUGUAAUAUUAGAUAACGUGCUAUUUAAUUAUGAAUAUGCUAACAAUGCAAGGCAUUUAGUAAAUAAAUCAAGAGUAAUUAUUUCAAAUGAGUCAGAGUUUAUUUAUAAUUUUGAUAUAGAAUUUUUAAUAACAAAUAAUGGUAGUGUUGAAUUUAAUUCAAGGUCAAAAGUAAAUUCAAUUUAUUUCAAUUUUGGGCAUGGUAGUUAUUUAUCAUUUAGAGAGAAUUGUAUUUUAUAUCUUGUAAAUACUAUUAUAUAUCAAUUAACAGAUGUGACUAUAGUUAUUGAUAAUUCGACUGUGAUUGAUCCAAAUUUUGGCAAUCAAGGUGGUCAAUUACAUAUUUCAAAUUCAAUUUUAGAAGGAGAAGAAAUUAGAGAUUAUGAUAGUCAAGCAAUGAUUCAAGUAUUUUUUGGUGAAGUUUAUAUUACAAAUACAACAAUAACAUCCAAUAUGAAGGAUUUUGAAGGUUUAAUAAUGUAUAUGAAUAAUAAUGCAUCUCUUUAUUUAACAAAUGUUGAGAUUAAAAAUUUUAAUCCAUUAUAUUACGGAUUUAUAAGUUUUAAUUCAUAUAUUGAAGUUAAUAAUAUGACAUUGGUUAAUUGUCAAGUAUCUUAUUUAUUUUCUUCAUACUUUUCAAAGAUUUAUUUUAAACAAGUUCAACUUAUAGAUUACUUUUUCAUUACAUUUUACAUUGAAGAACAAUCAACAAUAGUUAUAGAUCAAAUGAAUAUACCAUGUUCAUCAAAAUUUGUAAAGUUUUUACCAUUUAUUAAAAUUAAUGAAGAAUCUAAUAAAAUUGGUACAUCAAAUAUUUCAAUUAGUAAUAGUAAUUUAAAUUGUGUUGGUGGAUUAGAUUUUAAAAAAACAAAUGUUUAUUUUUAUAAUGUUUCAAUCGAUACAUCAUUUCAAGAUUUUUUCAUUAGUUUAUCAGACAAUAGUUAUUUAGAACUUGUUAAUUGUACAUCAAUUUCAAAUUCAGAGAAUAAUGAAGGUUAUUUUAUAAAAAUGUAUGAUCAAUCAAUAGUAUUGGCUUUAAAUGUAACAAUUUCUUACUCUUCAUCAAUUUUAAGUGCUACAAAUGGAUCUGUUGCAAGUUUUGAAUCAGUAUUUAUAAAUCAAGUUGAAAGUUUUGGUAAUAAUCAAAUAUUUAUGAUUGAAGAUUCAAAUAUUAAUUUUAAAAAUUCAAAAUUUAGUAAUGAUUAUUCAACACAAGCAUUAAUAAUUAAUUCAACAAGAUCAUCGAUUAAUAUUAUCGAUACCGCUUUUGAAUUUACAUCAUUUAAAAAUCCAAUACUUUAUGGAUUGAAUUCAAUGAUUCUAUUAGAUUCUAUAUCAAUUUAUAGAUGUCAAUGUGAAAAUAAUUGUUUUAAAAUUGUAAAUAGUUCAAUUGAUGUAUCUAAAUCAAAAUUUCAAAAUAAUUUUGGUUCAUCAUUUAAUAAAUUUUCAACAAGUUCAUUAAUUGAUUUAAGAUCAUCAAGAGUAAAUAUUAAUUCAUCAACAUUUCAAGAGAAUAAUUUUGAUUUAAUUUUUAGAAUUGUAUUAAAUUCAAAUAUUAUUUUAAAUGAAAAUAUAAUUCAAAAUAAUACAGGUGCUUUCUUUAUGGGAAAUGAAAUUAAAAUUAAUAUUAUAAAUUUAAAAUUUAAUAAUAAUAAUAAUCCACCAACUUAUUUAUUUAACUUUUUUAAUUCAAUAAUUUUAAUUAAUAAUUUUUAUUUAUUUGAAAAUACAUUUAUGCAAAGUUCAUUUUAUUCAAUAAAUUCAAUAAUUCAAUUAGAAAAUACAGAAUUAUCAAAAAAUUAUAUAAAUCAAAUAUUUAUUUUAAAUAAUAAUAAUAAUGAUAAUUAUUUUAAACCAAUAAGAGAUGUUGUAUUUUAUUUUGUAAAUUGUAUAAUAAAUUUUAAUGGUUUAAAUGUUAAUAGUAAUUCAAUUGAUAUGGAGGGUAUUUUUUAUUUUCAAAAUUCAAAUGUAACAAUUAAUAAUGCAAUAGUUAAUGAAAAUUCACUUAUUGGUAGUUUAAAUAAAAGAUUAUUUUAUUUUAAUAAUUCAAUUUUAUCAUUUACAAAUUCAAAUAUAACAUCAAAUAAUGGUGGUACUAAUUCAUUAGGUCUAUUUAAUUCUUUUAAUAGUUCAUUAUUAUUUGAAAAUUGUAAUAUUAAUUUAAAUAUAUUUUUUAAUGGUAAUGGUUCAUUUUUAUAUUUUAAUAAUAAUAAUAAUCAAAAUAAUUAUUUUCAAAUUUUAAAUUCAAAUUUUUCAUCAAAUAUUGCAUCAUUUGGUUUAUUUUAUUUUAUUGGUUUUAAUGGUUCUUGUAUUGAUACAUUUUCAUCAAAUUUAAAAAAUGAAUUUAAAAAUAAUAUAAUUAAAUUUAAUCGUGCUUUAAAUCAAGGUGGUUCAAUUUUUACAACAAAUUUCCCAUUUUCAACAAAUUCUUCAAAAAUAUUAUCAACAAAUAUAUUUGAAGGAAAUUAUUCACCUUAUGGUAGUAAUUUUGCUUCUUUUCAAAAUGAAAUUUUAAUAUCAAAUUUUUCAGUUUAUUCUGGAAUUGAAACUAUAAUUAAUUAUAAAAUUUUAGAUUACUAUGAUAGUAUUUAUAGUGUUGAGAAUGGUCUUUUAUUAUUUAAUGUUUUAUAUUUAAAAUCAAAUAUUACUACAAUUUAUCAAAGUAAAGUUUAUUCUGGUUAUGGUAUUGUUAUAAUUGAAUUUACUGGUGAAUUAAAUGAUAUCUAUACAAUUACGGUUGAAAAUCAAAUUUUUAAUGUUUCAGUUAGUGGUUGUUUACCAUAUCAAUAUUAUAAUGAAAUUGGUACAUGUAUUUAUUGUCUAGAUGGUGAAAGUUUUAGUAAAUCUAAAAAUGAAUGUAUAAAAUGUAAUUCAAAUUCUUUACUUUGCAUAGAAGGUGAAGUUUUUAUAAAUCAAGGUUAUUAUUUAGUUAAUCAAGAUGUUGAAUAUAUUGAAGAAUGUCCAUUUGAAAUGUGUUUACAAAAUAAUACUUGUUCAUCUUCUUUAUCAAUUGGUAAUCUUUGUUUUAGUUGUACUUUUAAUAGUGAUAGUAGUAGUAGUAGUAAUGGUAAUGAAUUGAUUAAAUCAAAAAAUGGUAUUCAAUGUUGUUCAAUGUUUAAACCAUUUUUAUUAAUACCAAUUGGAUUCUUCUUUUUAAUUUAUGGUUUAAUUUUAUCAAUUAUAAAAUAUAAUGCAUUUAAAACUCCAAUAGGAUAUCUUUUAAUUUAUUUUCAAGUAAAUUCGGUUUUAUUAUUCUAUUUUAAAGGAAUUUAUAUUUUACCAUUAUUUAGAGGUUCAAUAGAUGCAUUGGAUGGUAUUUGUUAUUUUAAAGGUAUGAAUUAUUUAAUUAAAUGUUUAAUUUCAUUUUUAAUUAUAAUUUCAUUAUUUUUAAUUGGUUAUUCUGAUAUUACAAUAAAUAUCUUAAUAAAAUUUCAUAAUUAUAAAUUCAGUGGUGAUCAACCAAGAUAUUUAAAAAAUAUUAUAAAAAACAAAAAAGAUAAUAUUAAAAUUUAUAAUUUAAAAUCAACAAUAUGGACAUUGUUUUUAUUACUUUUAACACCAAUACUAUUUAAUUCAUUCUCAUUAUUACUUUUUAAAAAAGUUGUAAAUAAUUAUUAUUUAAUGGUUGAUUUCUCAAUUUCUUAUUCUCAUUCAAUUUUUCCUUGGUAUUCAAUUAUUUCUUUAUUUUUAAUAAUUUUAACAAUAUUAUUGAUUUUAAUAAUGAUAAUUUUUAAUUUUGCUACUACUAUUACUACUAAGAAAACAACUCCUCCACCUCUACCACCACAAUCACUAAAAGAAGAAUUUAAAAUUAAAAAUUCCAUUUCAAAUUUCAUUUCAAAUUAUAAUAAUUUUAAAUUUGGUAAUAAAUGGUGGGAUAUAAUUAUUAUUAUAAAAUCAUUACUUUUUAGUGGAUUAUCAAUUUCAUUAAUUUUCAAUUCAAGUAUUUUCUUUGAAAUUGUAUUACCAAUUGAAUUUUUUUAUUCAACUCUAUUCUUUUUAAUUGGUCCAAUUAAAAAUAUUAAAUUAAGACAUUCUAUUAAUAUUAUCAAUUUAAUGCAAUCAAUAGUUUUAAUUUUAGCAAACUCAUCACUGCUUAAUUCACUUUCUCCUUUUAAUCAAGGUUUAACUUUAACUCUCUUUUCAUUUUCAAUCAUUUUUUAUUUUAUUUAUUUAUUUUUUAUAUCUUUUAAAUUAAGGUCAAAAUUUAAUACUAAAAAUAUUUUAAUAAAUUAA